UCACAGUUUCUCACUCCCCCUUCUCUCUUCUCUCUCUGCUCUGGGGUACCCACAAAAUCUUCACAAUUCACCUUACAAACGUGACCAGACCACAAGAAUUGCACCACCGCCGCAUCAAAGUAAUUCCACCGCCCACACCUCCGUUUCCUCGCGAUUCGCGCAACCCCACUUUUCACGCCGAUCAGCCCCCAAACAAGAACAAUCCAGUCUAUACAUUCAGCGCGUGGGGAGAGUGAUUUGGGAUGAGAUCGGUGCUGUUAUGAAGAGCAUAUCCGCAGCAAUGGCGUCCUCCGCCGCAAACGGCGGCGACGUUUGGAGGGCCCAUAUGGCGAUGGCGGCGGUGCAGGUCUUCAACGGCGGCUACCACGUCAUCACCAAGGUGGCUCUCAACGUCGGCGUCAACCAGCUCGUGUUCUGCGUCUACAGAGACCUCCUCGCCCUCUCGAUUCUCGCCCCCGUCGCAUAUGCCCGUGAGAAGAGGUUGAGAUUGCCACUAAAUAGACGGUUUAUAACAGCGUUCUUCUUUCUUGGUUUAACUGGUAUAUUCGGGAACCAACUUUUAUUUCUUCUUGGUCUUGGCUACACGAAUCCAACGUAUGCUGCAGCCGUACAGCCCGCUAUUCCAGUCUUUACAUUCAUAUUGGCUGUAGUGAUGGGUACAGAAACUGUUAAUUUACGAAAAAACGAAGGUCAAGCAAAGCUAGGAGGCACCGUUGUUUGCGUUUGUGGUGCCAUUCUAAUGGCUAUGUUCCGUGGUCCAGUUCUUUUCGGAUAUAAGGAAUUAGACUUUGCAGCACACAACGAAAUAAGUGCCAAAGGUCAGCCGGAACCUGCUGGCUGGUUAAUAUCCAGCUUUCUUGAUUUAGGGUUCGAUAAUUGGAACCUUGGUGUUUUGUGCCUUCUCGGGAACUGCAUGUGCAUGGCCACUUAUCUCGCCAUUCAGGCUCCACUAUUAGCCAAGUAUCCCGCGAGUAUAUCGGUGACAGCAUAUUCCUACUUUUUCGGUUGUCUGUUCAUGGUAGUCACCGCUUUUUUCAUGACAAACGAAUCAACCGACUGGAAUCUCACUCGCUCUGAGGUUUUCGCCGUAUGCUAUGCUGGAGUUAUAGCAUCUGCUUUGAACUACGGACUUCUGACAUGGUCCAAUAAAACGCUCGGCCCUGCAUUGGUUGCUUUAUAUAAUCCUCUCCAACCUGCAGCAUCGGCUUUUCUGUCGAGAAUAUUCCUUGGAAGCCCGAUUUAUUUGGGAAGUAUUCUUGGAGGACUUUUGAUUAUAGCUGGGCUUUAUUUGGUGACGUGGGCAUCCUAUAGAGAAAGACAGGUGGCGAUGACCAUCGGAAUCUCCAAGUCGUCAGAGCCGCUAAUUAACCGGGAUUCUUCCAUCAACAAGAUUUCUUAUCAGUUAGGCCAUAUUUUCUCCGGUUCAACCUCGAUACCUAAGAUCACUGAUUAAUUCAUUUUAAUAUAUACAUAUACUGUCAUCCGGGGUUGUUUCUGUAGCUCGUUAAUAUCGAUCUCCGAUUCCAAUUUUUUUUUUUUUUUUUUAAUUAUCGAUUUUCUCACCGACAAUUUUUAGAUUAAUAUAUUAAAUAUAUAUGAUUUGUAGCUCUCUUCCGUUUAGAGUGAACUUGCUUA